AUCUGUGUUUGUCUUUGUCCUCAGGAGCCCACUGAAUCCACUAAUAACAGAUUUCAAAACCAAACAUCAUGAGUAACCCAGCAUUAGGAGACAAUGGAAAAGGGAAACCUUUGUCACCCGGUGAAGAGGAGCGCAAUAAUGUCCUAAAACAAAUGAAAGUACGAACUACACUGAAGGGUGACAAGAGCUGGAUCAUCAAGCGUGAGGACUCAGAGGACCAUACUAUAGAGCUUCCUUCACGACAAACCCAUGCAACAUCAUCCUCAUCAAUUGGAGAAGUAUCAAAUGCCAGGACUCCAAACACAAAGGUUCCCGCGGGUUACAUCAUCCGGGGAGUGUUCACCAGAACAAUAGACAGCUCUUCUCACUCCCAAAAGCACCUCUCUAAGACCAAUGGAGCUCCAAGAAGUGCUUCUGGACUUCUGGGAGCAGCUAAGUCUGGUCUUCCGCAUCACUCUUCUGGUUAUAAGAUCACUACGGAAGAUUAUAAGAAGCUGGCACCGCACAACAUCAGACACAGCUCCACAUCAGGGACUGAGGAAGAGGAGGUGCCCUUCACCUCAGAUGAACAGAAACGGAGAUCACAAGCUGCAAGCAGUGUUCUAAGGAAGACAGCCUCACGGGAGCACUCUUAUGUCCUCUCGGCAGCUAAGAAGAGCACUAGCAGUCCUACCCAGGAGCUGCAGGCCCCAUUUAUUGCAAAAAGGGUUGAUGUGGUGGAUGAGGACAUACCUCCUGAGAAAAAACAGGAGACACCUACUCUAGCAGUUCCUGUUUCUGGCCUAAACAGUAUGGAUAGAGACAGAACCCAAGUGUCUCAAGCAGUUCGAAUUGAGUGCAUGGCAAGUGUGCCCAGACCCUCUGGAAGCCAGGAAUCCAGCUUGAGAACUGAGGAGAUCGUCCAUUUGCAAAUCACAACCCCCAGAGCAGGACUCCACCUGGUGGCCUCAGACCUGGAAACCCUGAGAUCACGUGCACAGUUGAAUGAUGGCAGUGAGGAACCAGGAGCCACAGAAUCCCCACCAGAAGGUCUGGCUGGAGCAGGCAUUGGCACAGGGAAAAGAGGGUUUGACACGAUGAUAAGUUCUUUCCUGGAUAACAAGAAGAACAACAGUGCAGCAGACCUGGAAAAUGAAAAGACAGACCCUAAGGGCCCCUCAGCUGAUCGUGAGAUGAAUGUGGCCCCCAAGACCAUUGAGGCCUGUCAGGACACAGCUGGAGCUACACAAGGAGGCCAGGGAGACCCAGCCAUGGCUACUCAACACUCUGCAGAUCCCAACACCCCAGAGCUCGAAAGCAGCCCCAGUGCACCCAAUCAGCUCAUUGAACUUGAGGCCUGUGCUAGCAGUACUCCAGCUGCUUGUGAGGAGAACAAUACAACCCCCAAGAUCAGUGAGGUCUGGCAGAAGACAUCUGAGGCCCCUCGAGGAGGCCGAGGAGACCAAGCUGUGGCUUAUCAACAACUUGCAGAUCCCAGUACCCCAGAGCCACAGAGCAGCCCCAGCAGCCCUGAGCAGCAAAUCAAACUGGAUGAUACUACCAACAACCUGAAAAGACCUUCAAGCUGCACAGUCACUGUUAAUGUUGCUGUCACCUCUGAACAGACUCACUUGCAUAUUCCAGCCAUCUCAAGUGAGCCGCAUUCCAGCUCAACUAUCAAAGGGAUUCUCUUCGUGAAGGAGUACAUGAAUACUAGUGAAGUGUCUUCUGGAAAGCCAGUGUUUUCACCCUAUGGCAGUACCAGCAACACUGAGAACUCAUUGGAGAAGAAACUCCCACUUGAAGGUACUCCACCCUCUGAGAGAGCAACUGAAGGGGUGUGUACUUACUGCAGCCGUGAGAUCCGAGACUGUCCAAAGAUUACCCUUGAACAUCUUGCCAUCUGCUGCCAUGAGUAUUGUUUUAAGUGUGGGAUUUGCAAUAAACCGAUGGGCGAUCUUCUAGAUCAGAUCUUCAUUCACCGUGAUAUCAUCCACUGUGGGAAAUGCUAUGAGAAGCUCUUCUAGGCUUAACAGAAGCUGAUGAGUUCCAGAUGCAUUUGGCUGUGUACUUGCUCCUCAAAUUGUUGGUUCUUCUUAAACCCUUACAUCCCCCCACCUGAUUUCACUGUACUUCUGCCAACCUUGUACUGAAGUAACACAUCAAGUAUUGUAUCUCCAUGAUGUUAUAAUUACAUGUAUAUAAUCUUUUAUACCUUAGAGAUUCAAAUCCAUAUCUCAGUUGCUCCCAGGAUGAAGGACUCCACUUUGACUUCCCUAAGAUUUAUUGGCUUUCUAAUGAGUGCAAAUGACCUGGUAUGUUAGACAUGGGCACAAAUGUAGGUAUCAGUGUAUGCAGACUUUUGGAAGCUUCUGAGGGACCAAAACAAAUGCUGUUGACGAUCCCUGGUAGGGAAAUUACACGUAUUGAAUGCUAAGGGUUUGCAAUAAGUUUCUCUCUCUCUCUCUCUCUCUCUCUCUCU